ACCCACCCAGAUACUUUCCUUAUCCCAUCAGGGCAAUGUCUAGAGCUAGUGUGAGGAAAAAUGUUCUGGAGACGAACAGAUAUCUCAAUGAGAAGGAUAAGUCAAGCCAAAGCUUUUUGUCCAGGCACCUGAAGAAGAUAUACCCGAUUGGCCUCAACCGAAGCAACUCGUCCCUCUCGCUCUCAUCCCUGUCCUUGUCCUUGUCCUUGUCCCAGAACUCCAACGACUCGUCCCUCACGGAGCCCACUUCCCCACUGGAUCACAAGAUAUCGUUGGCGCUACGCCUCAUUCGCCCACCGGAGAGAAGAUCAGGAGUUACUGCGCCGUUCCCUAGGAAUGUUCGGUCAGCUCAGAACCUGAACAUCCAGCCCGGAAGCCCGACUCCAAGUGACGGUGGGGAGUUGAGGAGAUGCAACUGGAUUACAAAGAGCAGCGGUAUGUUUUCAUAUGAAGUUUACGUGUCGUUUCACGACGAGUGUUGGGGAGUCCCGGUUUAUGAUGAUCGUCAGCUGUUCGAGCUACUCGCGAUGUCGGGCAUGCUGAUGGACUACAAUUGGACAGAAAUUUUGAAGAGAAAGCAAUUAUACAGAGAAGCUUUUGCUGAAUUUGAUCCCAACUCCGUUGCCAAAAUGGGAGAUGCUGAGGUUGAAGAAAUAUCCUCCAACAAGGCAAUGAUGCUAGCAGAGAGCAGAGUAAGGUGCAUAAUAGACAAUGCCAAAUGCAUAUUGAAGGUUGCGGGCGAAUUUGGAUCGUUCAGCAACUACAUGUGGAGCUACGUGAACCACAAGCCGACGAUCAACCGGUUCAAGCACCCGAGGAACGUCCCUCUCAGGACUCCCAAGGCGGAGGUCAUAAGCAAAGACCUACAGAGGCGAGGGUUCCGGUUCGUCGGCCCCGUGAUCGUGUACUCCUUCAUGCAGGCCGCAGGGUUGACGAUCGACCAUCUCGUGGACUGCUACCGGUAUGACGAGUGCACGAACUUAGCCGAACGGCCGUGGCGGCAUAUAUGAACCGCGUGGGCGGGAGGUUGCCAUCUUCUUUUUUUCCCCACGCGCGAAGGAUCCGGUUUCAAGGAUUUGGCCAACUAAUGUGGAGACAGUAAGCGACUCUGUGAAACUGAAGUACGUUAUACGAUCCUUCAUGGAACACCGGCCAUGUAAAAAUGUCGUCCUCCCGUGUAAGAAUGCGCAGCGCGCACGUGGCCCGUCAAUUCGUGCCGGCAACAGGACCCGACAAGAUAGACCACUCUCUCUCUUUUUGUUGCUCGAAUGAGAAGUGCAAGUUAAAUUAUAAAACCCCAAUGCUUCGU